CACACGUUGUAGAUAUUCCUUUUCCGUCGUUUUCACUGUGUGUGUGUGUUAUUUUGUGUAUUGAAAAACUGAAAAUUACGAUUCACGAUGCCUCCAAAACCAAAAAAGCCGUCAGCUUCUGGUACUUCCGGAGCUCAAAGUUCAUCAAAAUCGGCACCAUCAGCAUCGAAACCAGCAAAAGCAGCACAAUCUACUGCUCCAGCAAAGGUUGCUGCUGCUAAGACCGUACAACAAGUGAAAAAACCGAAAACACAAUCGGUUGGAAAACCCGCAUCGAAGCAAUCUGCAAAAGUUAAAGCUUUGGAUGUACAAAGUAAGGUGAAGAAAGGUAACUUCCAGAAAAGGACCAAAAAGAUUCGAACAACGGCAACAUUUCGACGGCCGAAAACCAAGAUUUUGCCUCGUAAUCCAAAAUUUCAACGCUCUAGUGCACCGAAAUUGAAUGCAUUCGAUAAAUUUUCUAUCAUCAAAUAUCCAUUGACAACUGAAUCGGCAAUGAAAAAAAUCGAAGACAAUAAUACAUUGGUUUUCAUUGUGAAUCUAAAAUCGAAUAAACGUCAAAUCAAGACGGCAUUCAAAUCAUUAUUCGAUAUUGAUGUAGCCAAAGUGAAUACAUUGAUACGACCGGAUGGACAGAAAAAAGCCUAUGUAAAAUUGGCACCCGAUUAUGAUGCAUUGGAUGUGGCCAAUAAAAUCGGUAUCAUAUAAGGCGAAUUAAAUUGAUGAACUUGAUGUAUUUUUUUGUGUUGUUGGCGGAAAAUUGAUUUAUAAUAAAUAAAUAAAAAUUUUGAAAAUUAA